GCUGCUCCAACAACCACAACAGCCAUUCAAACUACAACCGCUGCUCCAACUACAACAGCAGCUCCAACCACAACAACAGCUGGUCCAACUACCACAACAGUCACUCCAACUACAACAGCAGUUCCAACAACAAAAACAACAGCUGAUCCACCAACAACAACUGCUGCCCCAUCUACCACAACAGCUACUCCAACAACCACAACAGUCACUCCAACUACAACUGCUGCCCCAACCACAACAACAGCUGGUCCAACUACCACAACAGCGACUCCUACUACAACAGCAGCUCCAACCACUACAACAGGUGCUCCAACAACAACAGUAGUUCCAACAACUACAACAGCUGCUCCAACAACAACAACUGCUCCAACUACUACAACCGCUGCCCCAUCUACCACAACAGCUGCUCCAACAACCACAACAGCCACUCAAACUACAACCACUGCUCCAACUACAACAGCAGCUCCAACCACUACAACAGCUGCUCCAACUACAACAGCAGCUCCAACAACAACAACUGCUCCACCAACUACAACUGCUGCUCCGACUACCACACCAUUGUUUCCAACUACAACAGCAGCUCCAACUACUACAACAGCUACUCCAACUACAACAGCAGCUCCAACCACUACAACAGUCACUCCAACUACAACAGCAGCUCCAACCACUACAACAGUCACUCCAACUACAACAGCAGCUCCAACAAGUACAACUGCUGCCCCGACUACCACAACAGCUGCUCCAACAACCACAACAGUCACUCUAACUACAACAGAAGCUCCAACAACAACAACUGCUCCACCAACUACAACUGCUGCUCCGACUACCACACCAUUCAACUCCGACUACAACAGCAGCUCUAACCACUACAACAGGUGCUCCAACAACAACAGUAGCUCUGACAACAACUACAGCCGCUCCAACAAUUACAACAGCUGCUCCAACAAGUACAACAGCUGCUCCCACAAGUACAACCGCUGCUCCAACAACCACAACAGUCACUCCAACAACAGAAGCUCCAACAACAACAGCUCUGCUCCAACUACCACAACAGUCACUCCAACAACAGCAGCUCCAACAACAACAGCUGGUCCAACAACUACAACGGCUGCCCCGGCUACCACAACAGCUGCUCCAAAAACCACAACAGUCACUCCAACUACAACAGCAGCUCCAACAACAACAGCUACUCCGACAACAACGACAGCCGCUCCAACUACAACAGCAGCUCCAACCACUACAACAGCUGGUCCAACUACCACAAUAGUCACUCCAACUACAACAGCAGUUCCAACAACAACAACAACAACAACAACUAGUCCACCAAUUACAACUGCUACCCCAUCUACCACAACAGCUACUCCAACAACCACAACAGUCACUCCAACUACAACAGCAGCUCCGACAACAACAACAACUAGUCCACCAACUACAACUGCUGCCCCAACCACAACAACAGCUGGUCCAACUACCACAACAGUCACUCCAACUACAACAGCAGCUCCAACAACAACAACAACAACUGGUCCACCAACAACAACUGCUGCCCCAUCCACCACAACAGCGACUCCUACUACAACAGCAGCUCCAACCACUACAACAGGUGCUCCAACAACAACAGUAGUUCCAACAACUACAACAGCUGCUCCAACAACAACAACUGGUCCAGCAACUACAACUGCUGCCCCGACUACCACAACAGCUGCUCCAACUACCACACCAUUGACUCCAACUACAACAGCAGCUCCAACUACUACAACCGCUGCCCCAUCUACCACAACAGCUGUUCCAACAACCACAACAGUCACUCCAACUACAACAGCAGCUCCAACCACUACAACAGCUGGUCCAACUACCACAAUAGUCACUCCAACUACAACAGUAGUUCCAACAACAACAACAACAACAACUAGUCCAUCAACUACAACUGCUGCCCCGACUACCACAACAGCUGCUCCAACAACCACAACAGUCACUCCAACAACAGCAGCUCCAACAACAUCAGCUGUUCCAACCACUACAAAAUCCACCAACUACAACUGCUGCCCCAUCUACCACAACAGCCGCUCAAACUACCACAACAGUCACUCCAACUACAACAGCACCUCCAACAACAACAACUGGUCCACCAAUUACAACUGUUGCCCUGACUACCACAACAGCUGCUCCAACUACCACACCUUUAACUCCAACUACAAUAGCAGCUCCAACUACUACAACCGCUGCCCCAUCUACCACAAAAGCUGCUACAACAACCACAACAGCCACUCAAUUUACAACAGCCGCUCCAACUACAACAGUAGCUCCAAAAACUACAACAGCUGCUCCAACAACCACAACAGUCACUUUAACUACAACAGCACCUCCAACAACAACAGCUGCACCUCCAACAACAACAACUGGUCCACCAAUUACAACUGCUGCCCCGACUACCACAACAGCUGCUCCAACUACCACACCUUUGACUCCAACUACAACAGCAGCUCCAACUACUACAACCGCUGCCCCAUCUACCACAACAGCUGCUACAACAACCACAACAGCCACUCAAUUUACAACAGCCGCUCCAACUACAACAGUAGCUCCAAAAACUACAACAGCUGCUCCAACAACCACAACAGUCACUUUAACUACAACAGCACCUCCAACAACAACAGCUGCAACUACAACUGCUGCCCCAUCUACCACAACAGCGACUCCUACUACAACAGCAGCUCCAACCACUGCAACAGGUGGUCCAACAACAACAGUAGUUCCAACAACUACAACAGCUGCUCCGACAACAACUGGUCCAGCAACUACAACUGCUGCCCCGACUACCACAACAGCAGCUCCAACCACACCAUUGACUCCAACUACAACAGCAGCUCCAACUACUACAACCGCUGCCCAUCUACCACAGACAUCAUCUCCAACAACAACAGCUGCUCCAGCUACCACAACAGUCACUCCAACAACAGCAGCUCCAACAACAAUAGCUGGUCCAACUACCACAACCGUCACUCUAACUACAGCAGCAGCUCCAACAACAACAACUGCUCCACCAACGACAACUGCUGCUCCGACUACCACACCAUUGUUUCCAACUACAACAGCAGCUCCAACUACUACAACCGCUGCCCCAUCUACCACAACAGCUGCUCCAACAGCUGCUCCAACUACAACAGCAGCUCCAACAACUACAACAGCUGCUCCAACAACCACAACAGUCACUUUAACUACAACAGCAUCUCCAACAACAACAACUGGACCACCAACUACAACUGCUGCACCAACAACCACAACAGCCACUCCUACUACAACAGCAGCUCCAACCACUACAACAGGUGCUCCAACAACAACAGUAGCUCCGACAACAACUACAGCCGCUCCAACAACCACAACAGCCACUCAAACUACAACCACUGCUCCAACUACAACAGCAGCUCCAACCACUACAACAGCUGCUCCAACUACAACAGCAGCUCCAACCACUACAACAGCUGGUCCAACUACCACAACAGUCACUCCAACUACAACAGCAGUUCCAACAACAACAACAACAACAACAACAAGAACUGGUCCACCAACUACAACUGCUGCCCCAUCUACCACAACAGCGACUCCUAUUACAACAGCAGCUCCAACCACUACAACAGGUGCUCCAACUACAACAGCAGUUUCAACAACUACAACAGCAUCUCCAACAACAACAGCUGCUCCAGCUACCACAACAGUCACUCCAACAACAGCAGCUCCAACAACAAUAGCUGGUCCAACUACCACAACCGUCACUCUAACUACAGCAGCAGCUCCAACAACAACAACUGCUCCACCAACGACAACUGCUGCUCCGACUACCACACCAUUGUUUCCAACUACAACAGCAGCUCCAACUACUACAACCGCUGCCCCAUCUACCACAACAGCUGCUCCAGUAACCACAACACCCACUCAAACUACAACAGCUGCUCCAACUACAACAGCAGCUCCAACAACUACAACCGCUGCCCCGACUACCACAACAGCUGCUCCAACAACCACAACAUUCACUCCAACAACAGCAGCUCCAACAACAACAGCUGUUCCAACCACUACAACAGCAGUUUCAACAACUACCAGACUCCAACAACAACAGCCUCCCCAACAGUCACUCCAACUACAACAGCAGCUCCAACAACAACAGCUUUCGACAACAACGACAGCCGCUCCACUACAACAGCAGCUCCAACCACUACAACAGCUGGCUCCAUCAACUACAAACGUUCUUCAACAACCACAACAUCCACCAACUACAACCGCUGCCCCAUCUACCACAACAGCUGCUCCAACAACCACAACAGUCACUCCAACAACAGCAGCUCCAACAACAACAGCUGUUCCAACCACUACAACAGUAGUUACAAAAACAAUGACAGCUGCUCAAACUACAACAGCAGCUCCAACCACUACAACAGUCACUCCAACUGCAACAGCAUUUUCAACAACUACAACAGCAUCUCCAACAACAGCUGCUCCAACUACCACAACAGUCACUCCAACUACAACAGCAGCUCCAACAACAACAGCAGCUCCAUCAACUACAACAGCUUCUUCAACAACCACAACAGUCACUCCAACAACAGUAGCUCCAACAACAACAGCUGGUCCAACAAGUACAACCACUGCCCCGACUACCACAACAGCUGCUCCAACAACCGCAACAGUCACUCUAACUACAACAGCGGCUCCAACCACUACAACAGUAGUUCCGAAAACAACGACAGCUGCUCCAACAAGUCCAACCCCUGCCCCGACUACCACAACAGCUGCUCCAACAACCACAACAGAACUUCCGACAACAACGACAGCUGCUCAAUCUACAACAGCAGCUCCAACCACUACAACAGGUGCUCCAACAACAACAGCAGCUCCAACCACUACAACAGCUGGUCCAACUACCACAAUAGUCACUCCAACUACAACAGCAGUUCCAACAACAACAACAACUAGUCCACCAAUUACAACUGCUACCCCAUCUACCACAACAGCUGCUCCAACAACCACAACAGUC